AUUCAAGUCAAUUGUUUUUGUAUAGCUCCUCAUCCCAGUGACAGAGGAAAAUCACCUUUGAAUAGGCCAAAACGUUGAAACAUCAGUGAACUGUGUGUCCGUGGGGGCAUUGCCAGGUGUUAGGGGAGGAGCCAGGUGUUAGGGGAGGAGAGGAGAGGAUUUCUUUACCAGGUGUUAGGGGAGGAGCCAGGUGUAAGGGGAGGAGCCAGGUGUUAGGGGAGGAGAGGAGAGGAUUUCUUUAUCAGUUAACAACACUUAACAUUCCCAGAAACCAAAUCCAUCCGACAAGGAAGCAGUAUUCUCUUUCAGGAGCAAAAACAAACAAAUUUUGAAACAAAUAGUCUGACAGACUGAAACAGCAACAAGGAAUGGCCUCUGCUAACACUUCCUGGUCGGAGGAGAACUUUUCAUGUUCCAUCUGUCUGGAUGUGUUCAACAGCCCAGUUUCCACACCAUGUGGACACAACUUCUGCAGAACCUGUAUUACAAAGUUCUGGGAUGGACAAGUCAAGUACAAAUGUCCAGUUUGCAACAAGCUUUUCCACGCAAGACCUGAUCUACAGGUCAAUACCCUCUUAAAAGGGAUGGCUGAUCAGUUUGGAACAUCUGUACGAGUAAAAGAGCAGCCGUGUGUUGAACCAGGAGAAGUUCCCUGUGACGUCUGUACUGGGACCCAGCUGAAGGCUGUGAAGUCCUGCCUGGGGUGUUUCAUGUCUUAUUGCCAAACCCACCUGGAGCCACAUCAGAGAGUCACACACCUGAAGAAACAUCGGCUGGUCGAGCCUAUGGACCGUCUGGAAGACAGGGUGUGUAAGAAACACGACCAACUUCUGGAGCUCUUCUGCCAGACUGAACAGGUGUCUGUUUGUCAGUUCUGCACAGUGACAGACCACAAGUCCCAUCCUGUUGUACCUAUAAAGGAUGAAUAUGAAGUGAAGAAGGCCAAGAUGAGAAAAAUAGAGAAUGAGGUUCAGCAGAUGAUCCAAAAGAGACAAAAAAAUAUUCAGGAGAUUAAAAACACAGUUAAACGAAGCAAAGCAGAUGCAGACAGAGAGAUAGCCGAUGGUGUGCAGGUCAUCACUGCUCUGAUGCGCUGCAUUGAAAAGUGCCAGGAUGAUCUCAACCAAAUGGUUAAAGAGAGACUGAAAUCCACAGAGAAACAAGCUGAAGACCUCAUCAAAGAGCUGGAGCAGGGAAUAGAAGAACUGACCAAUAGAAGCUCAGAGGUGAAGCAGCUCUCACACACUAAAGACCAUCUCCACUUCCUCCAGGGAUACAAAUCCCUGAUGAAUUCUCCACCCACCAGGGACUGGACGACGGUGGAGGUCCGUCCUCCGUCAUACGUAGGGACUUUGAGGAGAUCCCUGGAUCAGCUGGAGGAGACACUGAACAUGGAGAUGAAGAAGCUGCGUGAUGCUGAACUUAAGAGGGUCCAGCAGUAUGAAGUAGAUGUGACUCUGGAUCCUGAUACAGCUCAUCCCUGUCUCAUCCUGUCUGAGGAUGGGAAACAAGUACAUCAUGGAGAUGUAGUGAAGAAACUUCCAGACAACCCUAAGAGAUUUACAAAGUGUGUAUGUGUUCUCACGAGGCAGAGCUUCUCCUCAGGGAGGUUUUAUUUUGAGGUCAAGGUUAAAGAAAAGACUCAAUGGCAUGUUGGUGUUGCCAGAGAGUCCAUCAACAGAAAAGGCACUAUACGUGCGACCCCUGAGACAGGUUACUGGACCAUUAAAUUCAGCAAGGAUGUGUUGGCAUUUAAUGAUAAGCCUUAUGUCUAUGUCCCUAUGAGAGCUGAGCUCCAGAAGGUGGGGGUGUUUGUUGAUUAUGAUGAGGGUCUGGGCCCUGUACCACGAAGCUCGCUUAGAGGGUUAGCGAGGUAUGUUGAGCUCCAAGCCUGGGUUAGUUGUACCACGAAAGUCGAUCUCUUUUAGCGUCGCUGUAUCACCAUGGUGACUUAUGCUCGCAACCAAACCUGGUCGGGAGCAGUUUUUCGGCUUAGUCUAGCCGGAGAUCGGCUACUUAAAUCGGCGUGCGCAGCUUCCUAGCCCCUCCUCUGACAAUGGCGUCACCAUUUCUGGGUGUUCCCGUGGACCUCUGCGCACUUCUCGUACAGGCGUCUCUCCGGAGACAGAGGGUUUUACGGGACAGAACCGAUUCCCUGGCAUUGUCUGACGAUAUUCAGAUUUCAGACUUUAUUGUCAUUGUGCAAACAACGAAAUUGGGGUUCUUCAUGAGAGAUACAGAUUCUCAUAAGAGGGUGUUCGUUAUUUGAUCGUCCUUUUGGACCUUAUGUAGACAAUGCUUACUGUUGCGCAUUGUGUCUCCGUGACAGAGUGCUAGAGUGGAGGUAGCGCGUCAGUCUUGAAUAUCUACGCGGGGGGUUCGACUCCCAAGUGACGCGAAUUUAUGUGAAGCUUAAAAAGUCCCAAUUAUCAUGCAUAUGGAAUGCUUAUUCACUAAAGCUUAUGGAAUUAUAUUUUUGUGCUUAUUUCGAACUUGAACCCAUAUUUUAAAGGCCGUGCUGGCACCACAUCUAUGGGGGUAAAAUGCAUGAUGAUAGACCGGCGAAUUUGAACCCCGGUCGCUGGCGUUCGGGUCUUAUAAUAAUCCACUACGCUACAGCCGCUACCUCUCGGCGGUUGAAAACAUGCCAUACAUUUCUUACAUAGGGUGUAUUUAAAGUGAAUUCCCUAAAUGAUAGAAUAAGGCAGGAUGGACGUUGCUUAUGCAUUUUUAAAUCAUCAUCAUUCUAUUUGGAUUAAUGGCGAACAAUUCUGCAUUUGGCAUAGUUAUUUUACAGACAAUAUGCAGAAUCUUUUCACUUAUACGCAUAUAGACUGCUUGAUCUAUCGUAAAGGUGAGAAAAAUGACGCAAAAAACGGCCCUUUCACGUGAACGCGCACUGAACCAAAAGCGGAAAACCUGGUUCAACUAAUUGAAUCUAAAGUGAGCUUCGUGGUACCAUUUAACUCUGAUUGCGAGUUGCGGCUCUGUCGAGCCAGGUUUUCCCAAGAAAGCCUGGGUAUGUUCAGCGAGCUUCGUGGUAUAGGGCA